AUGGCUGAAAAACCUUUCGGCUAUCGUCUAGAGUACGCGACCUCCUCUCGCUCCAAAUGCAAAGGCCCGGAACCAUGUCAAGGAUCCCCAAUCGAGAAUGGCCAAUUUCGCGUUGGCAGUCUCGUCGACUUCCGAGGAGCUACAAGCUUUGCAUGGAGACACUGGGGCUGCACCACCCCAAAAACCAGCGAAAGCAUGAGAGGGUACUUCGGUGAACCAUCCGAAUUAGGCGGGUACGAAGAUCUCAAACCAGAGGACCAAGCAAAGGUCGUCAAGGCGUGGCAGGAGGGCAAAAUCGAUCCCGCGGAUGUCCCAGAGAGCGCCAGGAAACCUGCUGCGGCUGAAGACGAAGACGAAGAAGUUGGGGAGCUGCGAUGA